UGUGACAAAGGAAGGGAGCAAUGAACCAGGGCCUCUGAGUGUCAGCAGCUAAGGCAACACAAUGUAAGUUGAGAGAGCACAGGUAAGUGAAGGUUCUCACCACUAGAACAAGAGAACAAGAAUUUCAAAACAGAAACAUGCAGUGACUAAAAAUUGUUUAAAAUACUAUGCCUAUCUGGAAGCUGAACUUUCUAACCCCACCUUGUGGGGAGCUGACUCUGGUAAUUCAGCUGUAACAGUUUUGAGGUGUUGGGCCUGAAACAACCUGCACAAGGAUCCUUUUCUACAGGAGAAUGGAGUCACUCGAAUGCCUAUUACGGCAGGGGGAAUAUGCGAUUUUUCAAAAUUCCCCCAUGUUUGAAAGUGAUUUCUUCCAAAUCAACAAGGAAGGUAAACCAAUUGACGUCCACAAUAAAAAGAAAAUCAUUACACUUGGAGUCACUUCUACCAUUUACAUGCAACCAGUCCCUAAUACCCUGCUUCUGGCAAGCGCUAUUGUUCCACCUGAAGAACAUAUUUUGAAUUCCACAUCCUUAUUCCAUCAGCACACUGAGGGGAAUUUGGAACUUAAAAGGUUAUUUCCUUUAUCCUUGGUCAAGAUCUCAAUUCACAACGUGGAAAAGAAGCAGCUGCGACUUAAACUAGUCACAGGCCGCACGUACUACCUUCAGCUGUACCCUCCACCACAUCAACAACUAGACCUUUUCAGUGCCUGGAUCAAGCUUGUGCAAAUAUUACGUCCAUCUUCAGAAAUAAAUUCCAAACAGCAGAAGUUGGAGAACAAAAAAUUGAAGAACCCUGAUGCACCUCUAGCUCCACCUCUGAAACCUAAAGACCCACCUCCUCAGAGAGAAUCUCAAUAUGCACCUGAAAAAAGGACAAAGAAAAAGAAUAAAAAGAAUCCCACUACUCGAGCAAAGGAAACAAAAAAAGAAAAUGAUCCAACUGCUUUAUUUUCUAAGAGCUCCUCUACUCUUGCAAUCAAACCAACACAUCUCAAAAUAGAGAAUGUUCAUGAGGCCUUCUGUCAUACAACCCCAGAGGAGCAGAACAUUGCAAAAAAGUUAAAAGGGGAGAAAAUAAAGGAUCCUGGUCCUGCUGAUGAAAAGGAUAACUUGCAUAUUAACAGAAAAUCAGAUAGGAAGAUUCACUCCAGUCAAAGCAGGUCUGGACACAGAGGUGCUGCCCGAAAGCCAAGCAGGAUUGCAUCUCUCUUUAUAGGCUGCUUCGGGAGUUCCCAGAGAAAGAACAAAGGAAGCAACAAAGCUCAGAACAAAGGAAAAAAAAUACUAGGCAGAGUAAAAUAAGGAGCCUGGAUACAACAAGAAAGGAGCUUUUUAUAAUGGAGCUCCAUUAUAAUAUAGUUGACCAAUUAUAAACUUCAUCUUCCGAAUUCAAGAAUCUUUGUCAUGUAGCAAGCAAAGAACUAGAAUUCAUACAUUCAGUGACCACUCACUGCUCAGAAUAUCCUUUGUCUUUCAUAAA